AUGCCAUAUCCGCAUCCAUCUUGGAAUUGGGGACUUGGGGGACUCGUGCGGACAGGACGAGUCACUCGGUCACUCAUUCAAAGACGCUCCGACUCGAUCACUCAUACUCAUACCGCAAGGCUGCGCGGCCCACUUUGGGCACGGACGAGUCAUUUGUGCGUUGCGCGAGUCACGGCGCCUGGCAGUCUGUCACUAGGAACGGGAGGGGGGGAAACGGGAAACGGGAAAACGGGAAACGGGAAACGGGGAAACGAAACGGGAAACGGAAAAUGGGAGAAACGGGAAACGCAUCCCGCGGCCACUCGUCGCCAGGGCCUCUCAGAGUUUUCUCCCUCCUUUCAGAAACCGCCGCAACAUCCGAAUGUCGAAAUCUUAGACUUGAUGCGCCUGAGGGACCGGAGGCUGUCGACGGAGAACGGCGCACGAAAAAAGCCCUUGAAGCUUGGGGAGGGAACAAAGUCUGAGGGAGAGGGCUUGAAGGGACGAAGAUCAAAAACUGGAAUUGAUCUCGUCGCAAAAGUGAUGCCCUCUUUGAAUCCGGCCACCGAGGGAGUGUUAUUGCAAGGCACCCGUACGUACGCCGCGUUCGCAUCACCAUCCACCAUCGCUCUCCCAGGCUUCAUUCAACCACUUUGGACUCGCCCAUCUGGCUCUCGUUGA